GAACUGUGUGCUUCCUACAUUUUUGUUACUUUGAUUUGAACCUGAGGAAUGUAUUUGUUGGAUUAAUGAAUCAUUAAAGAUAACAACUUAAGACUUUCGUGUCGCCGAUUUAAUAUUCAUUUUGGCUACUUUGUGUUAUAAUCACGGUUUAUCAUUAUCAUUUUCGCUUAAAAAGGGAGAAGGCUUCUACAUGAUCUAGACGGAUCUACCAUCUCGAAAUUUGUUUAAAAUAGCGACUUCAAACAUGACGAUCUUGAAUUCAUUUAAGGUUGUUCUAUUCUUGGUUUCACUACUCUAUUUAGCUAGAACGCAGGAACUGAAUUUAAGGUCUGGUCCCAAGGACACAAAUGUAAUUGUUGGACAAAAUCUUACAUUGACUUGUACAUUUUUACGUCCUUUGAGUGGGAACUUCAAUCUAUUUUGGAGAAAAGGAAAUACUGACAUUGGUCGAUGCCAGAUGUCACACGAUUGCGAUAACUUCGGUAACUCGAGGAUAUUUCUUGAUGAAAUUUCUAAUCGGACACAUUUCGUGCUAAAAGUGAGCAACGCCACGUUAUCCGAUUCUGGAAGUUAUGAGUGCGGUGUGGAAAAUAGGGUGAACAAUACAUUGAACUACAGGCAUCUUCAAGCAGCCGAUGUUUCAGUUGUUACUGAAAAUUCAAUUGCAAAUCCAUCGUGUGAGGUGGAGAUUGCGGAAUCAUUGGUUUCUGGUGGACGAAAUGAUAUUGCAACGCAGCUUCUUUGCACUUGGCCAACAAAUUACACAGAUGCAUCGGGGCAAAUUGUUAACGAUUUUCUCAACGGUGUCUACCACUCGAACGCUUUGGGAGAAGUGAGGGGCCCAGCAAACGCAUUACGUACAAGCAUGACAAUUGACUAUCUGGAUUCCCAAGACGAGAGCAAAUGCCUUCUGAUGAUGCCUGGCGUAAGCGCAACACGCUCGUGCUCCUUUAGACGUCUUCUUGAGCCCCCUGUUAACGAAAUUGCAGAAGGAGAGACGACCAGGUUCACAUGCGUGAAAGACGACAGGGAAACGGUUUGGUUUGCGUUAAUAAAUGGCACCGUGAUGGACAAUGAUAGCUUAAAUGAAUUGCUUGAUAUUGACAUUGUGCAACAAGGUAAUCGAAUUGCAUUGAAAAAUGUCCCGGCAUCUUACAAUGGACUCUUGAUACUUUGUGCAACGAGGACAAUUGGAAACAAGUUUCUGCUAUCUGGCUCUGGAAAGCUAUUAGUUAAUGUUCAGACAACCCAGUCAUCUAUAGUCACUGUCAAACCGAUUACCAGCUCCGAUCGACAUGGACUGCAUCAGAGUCAGCUGGAAACUGUGAAAGUGAAAACGGCCGUUACAUCAUUAGACAAACAUUACGCUACUCCAUCAGCAACGCAAACAGAUAUAGAUACAACGUUUGUUUUGUUACCUGCAUGGAUUAAGUACCUAGUUUACUAUUGUUCGAUAGCGUCAAGCCUUGCUUUUGCUCUGACACUAAUGAUCGUAAUAUACAUAUGCGUCACGCGUUCUCGAAAAAAGUCGCUACCACCCGAGGAUUUGGAACAGCCGCCUCAGGUAGCUAAAGUGGUGGCUAUUCCAUCUCACUCCAACGCAGACUAUGCUACCAUUGACUCAUCCGAAUUAAAGCAGAAACAUCAAAAAUGCGAGGAAACCUUGGGGAAUGUAGACUUCAGAGAACGUAAGGAGUCGAUUCGCUAUUUUCAACCUAACAAGGUAGUUCCCAUGACGACCGGGAUAGCUGAGGUUGUUUUAGCAUCAGAUAGGAAAGGCGUACCGAGCGUCCCAAUUCGGCGCACUCAAUCGGAGUGUCGGGCUAAUGAUUGCGACGACCCGACUUACUUCGACACCUCAAACAGUCGGCAUCUUUGGAGGAAUAUGUCUCUGCAGGGGAAAAAUCCAUGCAAAGUUUAUGCUGGAAAUGGGUGUCACAAAAUAACUGCAGUAGAUGAAGAAUCUACCAUUGGUUCCCGAGCAAGCAUUUCUAGGGGAAAAGUAAAAGAUGAAGUAUUUUAUUUCCCAUUAGAUAAAAUCAGUACAGGGGACGAAAAGUCCCACAGUGUCGACAACAACACGAUUAAAUCUUCUUUAUCCGAUGAAACAACACUUGGACGCCAAGAGCACCCUUAUUUUACUCUCGAGCAGACAAGUCUAGAGGAUGAGGUGUUGGCUAACAGAGAGAAUAAUAACUGUGAAACUGUAGAAAAACUUCUAAACAUCAAUAAAGCUCCGAUCGUUUCAGAAACUGAUUCGGAGUACGAUAACUUCCGAUCAAAACGUGUACCCUUUUUGAGAGAAAACAGCACGGCCGACAAUUAUGACAAAUUGAAGUGCAAUUCUAAGGGAUAAAUUAUAAACCACUUCUUUUGUAAUGAAUUUCGUUUGUCAUGUAUAGCUUGUCUAGAUUCUGACAUAGUUGCGCUGAACGAGCACUUAGAAAUUGGACGUUCCUAAACAGUUUUUUUUUGUGUGUGUAUUAUUGCAAGGGUGAAAUGUCAGGAAAGUCGUGAUCAAGAUUGUAGAUCGUUUUGUUUGUUUCUUUUCACGAUGGUUAUUAUGGGUGUUGCAGGAAAGUCUUUAAAAUCGACUGCAAAUUUCAGUUACGAAAUAAUUAACGAUGUAUCCAUGUUAAACACCGGCAAUCAACUGCAAGACUUAUAAUUGAUUUGAGGACCUAAAAUACUUACAAUAGAUUGCAAGUUUAUUCCCACACCCCUAAAGAAAGCCUUAUUUUAAGUAAGGGGAACGCUCCUGACGGCAGUUCAGAAAACGAGGAAAAUAAGUUCUGGAUGAAUAACUACAAUAUAAAUUACCAACUUUGCACGUAGGUCUGUGUUAUCUUAGUUUCGGAAUGGCAAAAGCGUUUUUUUAAGUACAUUUAAGUAUAAUGAUGAUAACGUUUUCAACUUUAUGAUAAAGAUAAUGGUGACAAACUAAUCUCAGCAAAUUAAAGCACAAAUAUCGGACCUCUUCGGCGCCAACGGGGGAAAACAUAAUGGAUCUUUUCUGAAUAAUGUAAAUAUAUAUAUAUGUAUAUAUAAAUAUAUAUAUUUACAUUAUUCAGAAAUAAUCCAUUAUGUUUUUCCCCCGUUGGCGCCGAAGAGGUCCGAUAUUUGUGUUUUAAUUUGCUGAGAUUAGUUUGUCACCAUUAUCUUUAUCAUAAAGUUGAAAACGUUAUCAUCAUAAGCGGAGUAAGUUACAUAUCGUGAUUCUCAGAAGGUGUACUCAACAUGUACAAUGCGAAUUUUAUUGUUCGUCGAUUCUCCUUCAGCAUAUUGUUCGGUACAUCAAUAACGCAUCAUCAAUUAAAUAUACUUCCAUCACACGUACAUGUAAGUCGACACUUACCCCAAAAUAGAUUUCACAACUGAAGAAUCAAUAAUUGAAAGCUGACAUUGGUAAUUGAUAAUGACUGAACAAUAAAGAGUUUGAAAAUAUCCAUAUUUUCAUCAAUAUCGACUCAAGCUAGAAUAUGGUGCAUCAUUUUUUUAAGUUUUAAUCCAGUGGGUAUUGUCAUAUCAUAGCUAUAUUUUCAUUUCAUGAUUUGUGAUCACAUGAUAAAUCACCAUAGCUCCAGUUUUGGGAAAAGCGAAAAACGUUGGUAAUAAUGAAAAGAAAUUGAAAAGAAGAAGAGCAAGUGAUAAUUAGAACAAUAGGUAGUAAAUAAAACGAUCUUGUUUUUCAUGAAUUAGCUCUUAUUGUUUAAGCAUAGCCUUUAGUUAAAAUGAAUAUAAUAAAUCAUUUUUUUUUCGAUAAUGAGUUGACGUUGACCUAUUCUUUUGUAAAUCUUUUGCUCCUUCAUCUAAACAAUAUUCCGUUUUACUUUAAACGAGAAGAGGAAUAGCAAGAUUCAUCCAAAAGAAACGAAUGGAUGGCGAUCUUCAAGUUUCAAUUUCAGAAAAUCAAAAGGCAAUAUCUUGCAAUAAUUCUAACAGUUUAAUCAAAUGAACCAAAAAAUAGAUAAAUCUGAAAUGUUAUUGAAUUUCAAAAUGUUUCAGUAAAAGGAUAUAUGUUUGAAUUGUGUUUUCCUUUUAAAAAAAAGUGAAUAGAAUUGCUUUCAAGACAGGAAAAGGAAAUAAUAACAAUGAUACAAAAAUAGUAAAUAAUACGGAUACAAAAUCGAAGUAUAAAAAAAUGUAUUAUAUUCCAAAUAUUGUAUCUUUUGCAUAGAUAAAUAUGUCUCUUCUCAUGGAUAUUACUUUCACGUAAGAGCCUGCAUUUACCACUUCAAAUAUUUAUGAUAAUGAUACGAUUGAAACAAUGAUCUGGACAAAGCUUUGCGGAUUUCCGAUAUGAAAUUGAUAUUCAAUCUGAAAGGGAAACAUGGAUAUAAGUUUAUUGCUUUCGUGGGAAAAUAAUAUUAUGUUCCAGUGAA